ACAAAGACAGACCAGCUGAAGAAAGCAAGACCAGGGCUGAAUCUGAGAGGAGAUAUCCAUCAGCAUCCAGACUGCUCCCUGGCAAAGCCGGGCCAGACUGGUCCCAGGUGCCUGUGGUCAGACAAGUCUAGAAUAUUGGGGAACGGCGUUGUCCUGAUGCCAUCCUGACUGGAGGGCUUUUAACAGCAGGAUCGGCUGGCUGGCUGGCACCCCCAACCUAGGGGUUUCUCUGGCUAGUGAGCUUUCUCUCCAAACCCCAUACAAGAGCAUGAGUUCAGUUCUGACAAAAUAUGGGUCUCCACCACGCAGCUGGCUCAGCCUACGCUUGGGAACCAAUGACCGAGGCCUGACAGAGGAGAAAGGACUUCGAUGCCAGAAUCCAGAUUGUAUUGACAAGAGAAGGGCGUCCAAGGUAUGCCACCACGCGGACUGUCAGCAGCUCCACCGCCGUGGGCCCCUCAACCUGUGCGAGGUGUGUGACGGCAAGUUCCACAGCACCAUGCACUUUGACGGGCACAUCCGCUUCGACCUGCCCCCCCAAGGCUCUGUCCUGGCCCGGAACGUCUCCACAAGGUCAUGCCCGCCCCGAACCAGUCCAGCCUCAGACCUGGAAGAGGAAGAUGAAGGGUUAAUGGACAGCAAAGGAGAGCGGAAGGGUUCAGGUCUGAAGCUGGCCAAGAAGAAAGCUCGGAGGAGGCACACGGAUGACCCCAGCAAGGAGUGCUUCACCCUGAAAUUCGACCUGAAUGUGGACAUCGAGACAGAGAUUGUCCCUGCUAUGAAGAAGAAAUCUUUGGGGGAAGUGUUGCUGCCCGUGUUUGAGAGAAAAGGCAUUGAGCUCAGCAAAGUGGACAUCUACCUAGACCAGUCCAACACACCCCUCUCCCUCCAUUUUGAGGCCUACAGGUUUGGGGGGCACUACCUGAGGGUCAAAGCCAAACCUGGGGAUGAGAUGAAGGUGGAGCUGGCAGUGAAGGAUUUCAAAUCAUUGAGCUUACCCAUUCCUGGGCCUCCUGCCUCGGAUCGGGCUGACCAUCAGGCUCGACGGGAGAGCCUGGACAUCUUGGCCCCUGGCCGAAGGCGUAAGAACAUGACAGAGUUCCUAGGGGACACCAGCAUCCCUGUGCUAGAAGCCUCGGUGCCAUCUAGCAGCUCUUUGCCCAGCAAUGGCAUCGAUACUUGGAAGAACCGGGCAGCCAGUCGCUUCAGUGGCCUUUUCAGCUCUGGUCCUAGUGGGAGCUCCUUUGGCAGGGAGGUCGACAAGAUGGAGCAACUGGAAAGCAAGCUUCACUCCUACAGCCUGUUUGGACUGCCCAGGCUGCCCCAGCAACUCCGCUUUGACCACGACUCCUGGGAAGAGGAGGAGGAAGAGGAAGAUGCUGACCUCGUCCUGGAGGACAGCUGGCAGGAGCUCAUAGAUGGAGCAGAGAAGCUGACCAGGCGGCAGUGCCAUCAGCAGGAGGCGGUGUGGGAACUGUUACAUACAGAGGCUUCCUAUAUCAAAAAACUUAGAGUUAUCACUGAUCUCUUCAUGUGCUGCCUUUUGAACCUGCAAGAGUCAGGCCUACUGUGUGAGGUGGACGUUGAACGCUUAUUCAGCAAUAUCCAGGAGAUCAUUCAGCUGCACCAAGGGCUGUGGAGCAGCGUGAUGGCCCCCAUGCUUGACAAAACUCGAUGCAGCCGGGCCCUACUGCAGCCUGCAGACCUGCUCAAAGGCUUCAAAAUGUUUGGAUCCCUGUUCAAACCUUACAUCCGUUACUGCAUGGAAGAGGAGGGCUGCAUGGAAUACAUGAGGAGUCUGCUGAGGGACAGUGACCUAUUCAGGGUUUAUGUUACGUGGGCGGAGAAGCACCAGCAGUGCCAGAGGUUGAAGCUGAGCGAUAUGCUGGUGAAGCCUCAUCAGAGACUCACAAAAUAUCCCUUGCUGCUGAAGUCAGUGCUGAAGAAGACCGAUGACCCACCAACCAAGGAGGCCAUUGUCACCAUGAUUAGCUCAGUGGAACGGUUCAUCAAUCAUGUCAACUCUCGAAUGCGGCAGCGUCAGGAACAGCAGCGGCUGGCGGCCAUCAUCAGCCGCAUCGACUCCUAUGAGGUGGUGGAGAGUAGCACCGACGAGGUGGACAAGCUUUUGAAGGAGUUUCUUCGUCUCGAUCUGACAGCUCCCAUCCCUGGGACAUCCCCAGAUGACACUCGUCAGCUCCUGCUGGAGGGGAGCUUAAAGAUGAAGGAGGGAAAAGACAGCAAGAUGGAUGUCUACUGCUUCCUCUUCACCGACUUGUUUCUGGUUACCAAGCCUGUGAAGAAGGCAGAGAGGACCAAAGUCAUCCGGCAGCCCCUGAUGGUAGACAAGAUUGUGUGUCGGGAGCUCCGAGACCCCGGUUCCUUUCUCCUCAUCUAUCUGAAUGAAUUCCGAAGUGCUGUGGGCGCCUUCACCUUCCAGGCUAGUGGGCAGGCCCUCUGCCGAGGCUGGGUAGAAGCCAUCUAUAAUGCCCAGAACCUGCUGCAGAGGAUGAGGCUGCAGGAACACCAAGGCAGUCAUCAGCAGCAUCUGCAGAGCCUGGAGGAGGAGGAGGAUGAGGAGGAAGAAGAGGAGGAAGGAGAGAGCAGCACCUCAGGAGCUAGCUCCCCUACCAUCCUUCGAAAAAGCAACAACAGCCUGGAUUCCCAACGCUGCCCCUCAGAUGGCUCCACAGAGACUCUAGCCAUUGUGGUGGUAGAGCCUGGGGAAACGCCAUCGUCGCCUGACUUUGAGGGUGGCCCAUUCAGUUCCCGGUCGGAUGAGACCUCGAUCAGCACGACAGCUUCAUCCAUCACCCCGACGAGUGAGCUGCUGGGCCCUGAGCCCGAUGGACUGCUUUCCUCGGCACCAGCUGAGUGCCGAUCUUGCUCCAUCGAUUCUGCCUAUGGCACCCUCUCCCCGACCUCCCUAAAGGACUUUGUUGCCACCACAGAGCUGGCCCCUGUUCCUGCCCCCAGACCCCCAGACCCACCUGACCCCCCUGCUCCUGCCUUGCCACUCUCACCCCGCCUCAGACGUCGAACCCCUGUCCAGCUGCUUCCUUGGCCUCGCUUACUCAAAUCCAAAUCGGAGGCCAGCUUGCUGCAGCUGCUCUCAGGGGCUUCUGGUCAGGACUCCCCAGCACCCCCUAGUCGGAGCCUGUCUGAGCUUUGCCUAACUACUACUCCACUCCCUCCCAAUGGCUUCCUCAGGACUCAGGUGGGGCUAUGCCAACCACCUCAGGAAGCCUGUGCCAGCUGGGACUGUAGGGAGGCCAGCCCAUGCAGUGCCUUGGAGCUUUCAGAGGUGGAAGAUGGGGGGUGCUCUCCUGGACGGGAAGCUGAGUGUCCUAUCUCAAGGGAGUGUGAAAAGCCAGUCACUAAAACCACCUUGAGGGCCCAGCCCUCAGGCCAGCACAGGAAGCUGACCCUGGCCCAGCUGUACCGAAUUAGAACCACGCUUCUCUUAAACUCUACGCUGACAGCAUCAGAAGUCUGAGCAGCAGGAGGACCCCAGGGUGCCAUGGAUGGAUGGAUGGAUGGUCACACAGACAGACAGAUGGCCUGGUUCUGACUGAUGUGCUCCCAAUCCCCUCAGUGUGAGACCAGGACACCAGAGUCCCCAGGGAACAGAUGGAGGGCUGAAAACCAGGAACCAAAUUGCACUUUGUUGAAUAUGCCUGGGCCGAGAGACAGGGAAGGCCCUGGGGAGGCUCCCCAAAUCCACCCUCUGAGCCCUUAGCUGCUCCCGCUCACAGCUCACACAUACACUGCUGCUUCUCCAGACCCCACCUUGGAGGGUCCAACCCCAGGAAUCCCCAUCCUCAACACAAAACUGCCCCCUCCCCCCAGGCUGAAUUAUGACACCUUUCCCUUAAGCCACUGGGCUCUCUCUCCACCAUCCCCUCAGCUGGCCUCUUUCCUUUCUUGUCUCCAAUUAGCUAGACCCAGGAAAUGCCCUCGACCCCAUCCUACUCUCUGAGUCAGGCCCAUAUUGGGGUUGGGGCCAAGGGAUAGCCGCCCCACUCCCCCCAUCCCCUUGUGUAUAAAGGUUCAUAUUUAUUGAGCUUUGGGUUUCUUUUAUAAAGACUUGUGUAUAUUCUCCUGUG